AUAUUGUAUAAAUCCAAGUAGAAAAUAAAGAAGUAGAAGGAGAAAUUCAAUAUCGAGAAUAAAAUGAAUACUUGGAAAAUUCCAACAUAGCAAUUAGGAAUUUUCCAACAUAGCGAUAGGGAAAAUUACUAUAUUAACAAAAAGUAACGUCUCCUUCGUAUUCAGGAUGUGGGGUGUGUGUGUGAAUGUGUGGGUGGGUGUGGGGUUGUGAAUCGCCCUUUUAAUACUCAUAUCUAAACCCAUACCCACACCCAAGUUGUAAAUAGGUCUUUGUGAUUUUUUAAUACGUUGUUAAUAGUAUGCAGACUUUUCUUAUUGUGAAUGUUGCAUUAUUUCAGAAAUAAAUAUUUUGAAAUGAAGAAACUAAAAAAUGGUGAUCAAAAGUAUCUAAAUUUUUUGGUGAUCAAAUGUAUCUUUUUUUGGUGACCAAAAGUAUCCAAAGAGUUGUGGUGAUCAAAAGUAUCUUUUUUUGGUGAUCAGAAAUAUUGUCACCCCAUUGAAAAUCAUAGAUCUGUAUCUUAUUCCUACGGACAAUUUUCUUUUUAAUCUAGUGCUUUUGUUUUUGUUUCGUAAAUUUAGGUUCAAACGGAAGUUCCAGGUUCACCAAUAUUUUUAAUGAAAUAUGCACAUAGCUGUAGACAUUUGGAAGUACAAAUUCUUGCUGAUCAAAGUGGUCAAGCUAUAUCAUUAUUUGGUCGAGAUUGUUCAAUUCAACGACGACAUCAAAAAAUUAUUGAAGAAGCACCAGCUAUAAUAGCACCACGAGAAAUUCUCGAACAAAUGGAAAAAGCAGCUGUACAUUUAGCAAAAAUGGUUGGUUAUGUUAGUGCUGGUACAAUUGAAUAUUUAUAUAAUCCAAGUGACCAAACAUUCUUCUUUCUUGAACUUAAUCCACGAUUACAAGUUGAACAUCCUUGUACUGAAAUGAUUACGGAUGUUAAUUUACCUGCAUGUCAAUUACAGAUUGCUAUGGGUAUAAGUUUACAUCGAAUAAAAGACAUUCGUUUGUUGUACGAUGAAGAAUCAUUUGAUAGAACACCAAUAGAUUUUGAUAAUCCACGUAGUAAACCUCAACCACAUGGUCAUGCCAUUGCAGCACGUAUAACAAGUGAAAAUCCUAAUGAAGGUUUUAAACCAAGUUCAGGAACGGUUGAAGAAUUAACUUUUCGUAGUCGACAAAAUGUUUGGGGUUAUUUUAGUAUAUCAUCAUCUGGUGGUUUACAUGAAUUUGCUGAUUCACAAUUUGGACAUGUUUUUUCACAUGGUGAAACUCGAGAAGAUGCUCGAGAAAAUCUUGUUGUUGCAUUAAAAGAAUUAUCAAUUCGUGGAGAUUUUCAUUCGACUGGUAAAAAAUAA